AGGGAGGGAGGAAAGAGAGAGAAGGAAGCCAUUUUGGUUCCUCACCGACAUGUCAGCCUGCCUUUCUUUCCUCUGGCUGGUUUCUUCUCUCCGAGCGCUGAGUUGAUUUUGAGGAAGUGAAACUUUCUGAAGACGGUUGGCUCUUAUUUUCUUAUCUUCUUUCGUCUUUAAGAGAAGUUUGCAUUUGGCAGGAAGGUGACGAGCGAGGCCCCGCAGAAUAAAACUCUCAGAUGUUGGUCUCCUCUCCAGUCUUUGGUUUGACAUCAGCUGGACGGACGGCGAGUCUCUGAGGAAGCAGGAUGAGCACCGAGCGAGUGCCGUCCAGGGCGGAGGUGACGGAGUGGAGCCCCCAGCAGCUGGCCGACUACCUGAAGAGGAUGAGUCUGUUCGGCUGUGAUAAAGUGGUGUUGAAGAACUCCAUCAGCGGCUCCAGAUUCGUGAAUCUGAGCGAGAACGAUCUGCAGAAAUUCCCCAAACUUCACGCUCCGAUGAUCUCGAAGAUCAGCACCGAGAUCAGCAAGAAGGAGGAGAGGAGAGGCCUGUUUCGGAAAAAAUUGACGCCCAAAUAUAAUGAACCAGAAACAGCUGCUGAUGUUCAGGGUUGGGCUGAAGACGAGUUUGAUGAUGAAGAGUUUGACGAUGACUAUGAGAGUCCGUACAGCGGGGACGAGGAGGGCAGCGUCGGAGACUACGAGUCCCCAAACGAUGACCUGGACGGGGCCAACGACUACGAGCCCCCCCCCUCCGAACCUCCAGAGGACCUGGCCCACAAGCUGUGCCCCACGCUGCCCAUCGGAGACAGCGAGUACAUCGACAGCCAUGUGACCUCCAGAGGCCCCCCCCCUGCUGUGUGUCCCCGCCCCCCCGCCUCCACCUUGUCUGCACCGUCUCCCCGGGUGCCAGGCGAGCCCCCCUCCUCCAGAAGAGACCUCUCCCCACACAGCGGGGGGAGAAAAUUUCCUCCAGAUCCGCCGCAGAUCUUUCGUGGCAACAAACCGGGCCGAGGUUCAAGAUCCAACCGGUCCCCCGUCAGAGGACCUCAUCCCAGCACGGUGGACAAGCCAGGCUCACACUCUUGGAGGCCUCAGCCGGACGGCCCCGACCCCCCCGCCUGGUCCAAACCUCCGGUUGUUCCUCCGCCCUCCACCUCCGUCAGCAGGAGCAACUCCUCAGCUAGACCUCCUCCUGCAAACAGGUUUGACGCGAGGAGAGAGCAAACACACGAUGAAGCUCCUAAACACAACACCUUCCCCCUCCACAAUAAAAGUCAGCCCCCACGCAUCGGGCUCCCCGGGCUCCCCUCACGCCAAGGAGACAGUUUGCCUUCCCAGUGUUCCGUCUGCAGGAUCUCUGCCUCACAACUGCACUCUGGAUCAGACAGACAGUCGUUUCGUCCUUCUCUACCUACAACAGCACGCACACAGGAUCUGGACCCCCACUGGUACGUGGGUAAAGUGACCAGAGGUCAGGCGGAGGGAUGUCUGAAAAGAGUCAACAAGGACGGGGCGUACCUGGUGCGGGACAGCACCCGACAGCUGGCCCAGCAGCCGUUCACCCUGAUGGUCUUCUAUCAGGACAAAGUGUUCAACAUCCAGAUCAGACAGCAGAGCCACGAGUUCCUGCUGGGGACCGGCCUCAAAGUCAAGGAGUCCUUCCCGUCGGUGAGCUGCAUCAUCGACCAUUACUCGCAGUCUCCUCUGCUCCUCAUCGACGCCAAGAACCGCAGCUCGGACCAGCAGAACCAGUGCCUGCUGUCGGCGCCGGCCGGGCUUCACAUGACGGGGCAGACAUGGUCCUGACGGAGGAGCCGGACCCCUGGACUACACCUGAAUGUUCAGGGUUGUGUGACGAUGUGUGAAAUGUGUCCGAUGUUUUUGCACGUGAUGCUUCAUUCGCUUAUUUUUGAAGAUUUACAAACUACAGUUUCUUUUAUGAACGAAAAAAACAUCCUGCGAGUCGUUACAAUAAGAAAUACCGACUUCAUAUCAAAUUCAUUGUUCUGAGAUAUUAAGUCUUUAUUUCUUAUGAUAAUUAUAUAUUAUAUAAUUAUAUAUAUAUAUAUAUAAUUAUAUAUAUAUUAUAUAAUUAUAUGUAUUAUAUAAUUAUAAUGUGCAUUACAGGUUUCAGCUUCAGUCUGUUUGAAAGGUUUGAUAGUCUCACUGGUAUUGACUAAUAAAGUUCUGGUACUGUAAUGUUUAAUGUU